GUUUCCCUUCCGGGUCUCGGCUGCCGCUCCUUCCGCCCCUGUGCAUCCGCUGGCAGCUCCCGCCGGGUCCCCUGGCUGGUGCAGAGGGAGCGAGUUCCGGGCGGCUCCGCUGGGCCUGGGCGGAGGGUUCCGGGCGCUGGAGCGGACUCGGAGCCGCGACGAUGAAGAAGGAGCAGGUUCUGCACUGCCAGUUCUCGGCCUGGUACCCGCGCUUCCGGGCCCUCACCAUCCGCAGUGCUAUACUUCCACUGCCACAGAAUGUGAAGGAUUAUUUGCUGGAUGAUGGAACUCUGGUAGUUUCAGGAAGGGAUGAUCCCCCAACAUGUUCUCAGGAAGACAGUGAUGAUGAUCAGGCAGAGGAAAUACAGUGGUCGGAUGAUGAGAAUACCACAACACUUACGGCACCAGAAUUCCCUGAGUUUGCACUUAAAGUUCAAGAAGCUAUCGCUUCCCUGGGGGGCAGCAUCUUCCCGAAGCUCAACUGGAGUGCUCCAAGGGAUGCCUAUUGGAUAGCAAUGAAUAGUUCUCUGAAAUGUAAAACCCUCAGUGACAUCUUCCUCCUCUUCAAGAGUUCAGACUUCAUUACUCGUGACUUCACUCAGCCAUUUAUUCACUGUACUGAUGAUACCCCUGAUCCUUGCUUGGAAUAUGAGCUUGUGCUUCGAAAAUGGUGUGAAUUAAUUCCUGGGGCAGAAUUCAGAUGCUUUGUGAAAGAAAACAAACUUAUAGGUAUAUCGCAGAGAGACUACACGCAAUAUUAUGAGCAUAUCUCUAAACAAAAUGAGGAAAUCUGUAGAUGUAUACAGGAGUUCUUCAAGAAACAUAUUCAAUAUAAAUUCUUGGAUGAAGACUUUGUUUUUGAUGUGUACAGAGACAGCAUGAGUAAGGUCUGGUUAAUCGAUUUUAACCCCUUUGGUGAAGUAACAGACUCUCUGCUGUUUACAUGGGAAGAAUUGACAUCUGGGAAGAACUUGAAAGGUGACCAUAGUGAAGGGGAGGCUGUGGAACAGGACUAUCCAGCAUUCCGCUGUACAAACAGCAAAGUGACCGUCCAGCCUAGCCCUUACCUGAGCUAUCGAUUGCCCAAGGACUUUGUAGAUCUUUCUACUGGAGAAGAUGUUCACAAACUAGUUGAUUUUCUCAAACUGAAAAGAAAUCAGCAAGAUGAUGACUGAGGAACCAUGAAGUGUAAGAUGAAAUUUAAAACAAGAAAUUUGGCUAAUUAAGGCCAAAUAAUAGAGUAGCUAUUCAACAGCCAUCAGUUUAAAGAAUUACCUGCUUUUUAUAUUCAUCUGAAACAACUGAAGAGAUGCUGAUCCAAUGUGUGUAUUGGUUUAAUAAAUACAAAUUUUAGGAAACCAUUCUGGUAUGGUGACAUGGUACAUUGGCCUGUCUUGUAUGAUACAACAUCUUUAGAUUCCAAGCUAGAUGCUUGUACAAAUGCCCCGAUGCAAGCAAGUCAGGGUCUGUGUACAUUUAAGUAAUCAAAUCCCCAUUCUUGAAGAUUGUGUGCAUCCAAGUCGUUGAGGUUUACUGAAAGUGUAAGACUUUCACUCAUGUGCUAGUACAUCCUACAAAUUUAACUCUUGCGCAGUCAAAAUGUCAAGUAUCCCUCCUGCUUAGACACAGGCUAUUUUAAAGCACAGUCUAGUUGUAGAGUAACAAAAAAAAAAUUCCUUUAACUUUGUAAAUUUAAUUUAAGUUUUGAGAACACUUUUGUUGUUUUUAUAGAAGAGAAGGCUGAGAAAAAUUAAUUUUUUCUCAGUAAAGACCACCAAUAGUGUAUUUCACAUUAAAGAAAAAAUAGAUUGAACCCAUUAUGUUGGCUAAACAAUUUACCAACAAAUGUGGAUGUCAUUUGUUUUUUUCUAAAUCCUGAAAGCGCUGUGAAAUGAAGUCGUGUUUUUCAGAGUGCAGAUAUAGUCAGGAAAUUUGCAGAAAUGGGGCACUUCAGAAACCAAUUUCAUAUUUGAAACUGAGUUUUAUUCCUUCAGUAUAAGUCUCAAGCAAUCAGCUGUGGCUUCAUACAGUGAAGUAAGCCUCUGUUUAAGUGUGGACUCAGUUCUGCUCCUAUUGCAUCCAGUGGCCAAAAUCUCUGACUUUGAUGGGAAAAGGAUUGGCCCUGUAAUUUAUGAUGGAUUUUGGAUUCAUUUGGUGCUUCAGCCCCCUCUAGUGAUAGGAGGCAGCUUGAUGCAAUGACUACGGAGCUAGGAAACCUGGGUUCUCUUCCUAGAUUUGUUACGAACUUGCCAAAGUGUCAAAUAAUUUGAGUAACUCCAUUUUUGGGUGUCCAGCUUGAUAGGUGGGGCCUUAUCUUCAGGGGAGCACAGCAUACCCAUCUGCAGUUGAAGUGCAUACGAGCUGCAGUUGCUCAUUGGCUCUGAAAAUCUAAUCCUAAUUUGUCUCAAACUGGCCAUCCAAAAAUUAACAGCUAUUUUAAGAAAUUUAGUUCUUUGCCUCGCUGUUCCUCAGUUUUUCUAUAAAAAGGUAGAUAAUACUUAGAAAAUUGGUCACUGCUCAUCCUUUUGUGGUUUUAGUUUUGAAUGAUCACUACUUGUGGCAUAGGGCUGUACAGAUUGUACAUCCUGAUCAACCAUAUAUGCUCUUCAAAUAUGCUUCUGAAAGAUUUGCUGUCUUUGAUGUGGAGGAAGUAACAGGCAAUGGCUCUUGCAGUCUGAAAUUACAAAAUCUGUUUCUUUCUGAAGCUUGAGGUGCAUAUUAAAGAGUUGCCAUUUAAGCAUGAGGUAUCAAAGGUUGCUAAAUCAGGCAGGAAUUACUUAAGAAAAAUCUUGAAGGAAAUGUUCAGAAAAUUCAUAUAUUUUAAGGCCGGGGGGGUGGGGCAGGCGGAGGGGUUAUUAGGAUCAUCCAGUCAGACCACCUGAAUAACACAAACCAUAGACUUUCACCAAAGAAUUCCUGCAUUAAGUCCAUAACUGCUGGUUGUGUUUGAGCAUGCCCGUAAGAAGACACCCAACCUUCAUUUAAAGACUUCAAGUACUAGAGAAUCCACCCUCACUGUUUGUCUUCAGCUUCCAAGACAUUGGAUCUUAUAACUUUUUCUGCUAGAUUGUGGUGGUCUAUUCUCAGAAGUCUUCUUGUAGCACUCAUGAGAGAGGGUCAUAACAUUCUUCUGGAGGUACUGUACUUAAAGACCAUGAGAAAAAUUAAUGAUAAUUCUCUUUUUGGUCAGACAGAGGUAGACAGGGUGUCAGUACCAUUGCCCCAGGAUAAUAUUAACCUCUCCAAGCCUCUAUUUUAAUAUUUGUCUAUUUCACAUGUAGCAACCUCUUUAGUCCUACGUCAGAUCAUAGAUGAAUUUCUACACAGAACCAUGAUAAUUACUGAAAUACAAGAAUCCAUUUCAUCAAGCCCAUGUUCAUGAGCGAAUCAUUCUAUUGACUCUUAUGUGGAUGAGGGCUGUAGGAUCAGAUCCUUACAUUGUACAAUUAAAAAUAUAAGCAAACAUUAUUUUAAGUGUGAAGUAUAUAGUAAGUAUAAGGAAAUUAUUAGAGAAUGGAGGUAGGUGCAUGCAGGGUAGUUGUACAGACAGUGAAAAGACACUUUGCUAACUAGUAACCUCUUUUAUAAAAUGGUGGAAUUGCCCAGGGUCUGAGCUAUGCAUCAUCUCAGUGGGACAGUCAUGGUUCUUGGAUUGCAGUUCUUCCUGGUGUUCUAAGAAACUUCUCCCCCCAAUAGCUGUGUUUAAUUUCUCAGCUGGACAGCAGUCUUAACAAUAUUCCACUGAACUCCUCCAUUAAAAAUAUUACAUCUUUUAAAAAAUUACCAAGAGUAAAAGUUACCUGCAGUACGGUGUGCCUACUUAAUGAAGAGGACUCUGAUGAAUGUAGCCUUACUCCUUCCCUUGGCUAUGGGUCUCCCUUGUAGUUCCUUUGGCUCAUUUGCGUUCUUAAUAUCCCCCUCCUCUUUCCUAAUCCCACUGAUAAACGGUUUGAUUAAUCUCAACAUCAGAAGAAACAGAAAAUGUAAUAUUGAACAGAACCAAAAAAAAUCACCUUGCUCUGCAUAAUAUUUUAUAUGAUUCAGAUUUGCAGAUUUCAUUUCUGAGUGUGCUGCUUUGCCAAGUCUGGAAAGGGAAAUAUGAAUGAUGGAAAUAUUCUCCCCCCUGUACCAUCUCCUUUGGCAGAAUGAAUACCACCUGUUGGAUUCUAGACACCUUAUAUGGCCAUAAAAUUAUCCUCGCGAACAUAUCCAACAUUCUCAGUCAGGCACUCUGUGUAAAUCUUUCACAUAUCCUUCUGUGCCCAUGUAUGGCUGGCACCCAGGACACCAUAGUAAGCAUAGUCGAAACCCAAUGAGACACAGUUGAGUGAGAAUAUAGACAUUAGGCUAAGAGUCACAACACAGCCUUUAAUUGGCAAUGCAUAGUGCCAUGACAUCCUAAAGAAUGUGGCAUCUCCUAAUUUGUCACUAACUCUGUGUAAAGGCUCUUUUGGUAGGUUUAUAAAAGGCUAGCAGACCCUUCGCAUGUAGUGAGAUCUUGGGUAGCAUUUUUACUAUUAAAUACUUAUUACAGUAACACCCAGAGGAUCAGGGCCGUAUUAUGUGUGAUGCUCUGCAAACAAAGAGCAUCUGUGUUGCUUGUCAUUUUACAAAGGAGGGGGGGGAGAGGAGGACAGAUAUGUCUUGCAUAUAUAUGCAUGCCCUUAUUCUGUUUUGUAUUUUAUAAAUAUCAGCUUUCCCAACUGCCCAUCAGCCUAUCGCCAUCUUUGGGGAAUUCUUGUAGGUGUCAGGCGCAGAAAGUUGGCAUAGAGGAGAAGGGUAAAAACUUUACAGAUCAGUUCCAUGCAUAAGGCACAGCAGAGGAAAGCAUGGAUCUUUGUAGGAGGAGGGGACAAGCCAUCAAUGCUGGCAUUGUUGGUAGAACGGAAAUGGGCAAGCAUAGAUAAAAAUUUGCUUCCUUAGUACACAUUUAAGCUAGUUCCCUUUAAUGUGCUGAAACAACUCUUGAUGUCUCUUUUCUAGCUGGAGGGGAAGGACAUCUGGCUGAAUGACAUCUGCUAGUGUGGCAGCCAAAAUGUAAAUAAGCAAAUCAGCCUGGCAAAGUUCUUCAUUCUGAAGUGGCAAAGUCCUGCAGAUAGGGCUGUGUUUGGAUAGCAUUUCUCCUCAAACCUGUCAUUUUAGGAAGAACACUGGAAUAGAAUACAUAUCUUUGGGUCUUUGAGAUGGUGCUUAAAAGUAUAAUUCCGGGGCCACAGUCACACAGCUUUUGACACAUGGUGAACCCUAGAUAAAUCCUGACGUUAGAGGCUUGGUAUCAGUGUGCUUUAAAUAAGUUUAGAUCAUUUUUACCCUAUAUACAUUUUAGGCUUAAACUGUGGCUCUUCAACAGUAUCAUGAAACUCCUUUCUAAAUCUUUUAACAUGUUGGGGAGGGGGGCGUUCUUUGGGAUGGUUUGGUUUUGUUUUGUUUUUUGUUUGUUGGUUUGUUUUAAAUAAUGAAAACUCAACCAGAAAUUGGAUUUGUAGUUCCUUUGUUAUUGAUGAAUUUUGGUAGCUCCCUCUGAAGAAUACAGCCUUCCAUGUCAUAUACUAAUCCUGAGACUAGAUGUAAUUAAAAUUGCAUUUCUCUGCAUAA